AUGGAGGAGGUAGGUUUGCCAGAACGUUUGUUUCAGACAGGGUAUGAACCCACAUGCUGGAAGAGAAUUAACAACUACUUCAACUUGCGGUGGGUUGAGAUUGUAAAAGCAGCACUUUCAGAUGCUCAGCAGGAGAUGUUGGCGGAAUCUCUGUUUAGACAACUGAUGUUUAUGGGGACUCAUACAUUUUCCGUCAUGUUCGCGCACCAGAUUUUAUCACGUCAGUUGGUGACGAGGAAAUUGUACGAGCUGUGGUGGUUGUUUGCAGGGAAGCCAAUUCGAUAUGGUAUUGCAGACUUUGAAUUGGUGACGGGUCUCAAUUGUGGAUCCCCUCCUACCCCGAACGUAGGUGCGCAGAGGUUGGGGAAAGGGAAAAAAAAAAGCAAAGCAAAGGGAAAACAAAAAGACGAAUACAAAGAUGAUGACAGCCGAUUGCGUUUGGGUCUUCUCCUCCUCGUAGAAGGCAUUCUAUGCCCAACUAGUGGUUCAACACAGAACAGACCAGAAGUGGUUGAGAUGUUGAGCGAUAUUCCUAUGUUUAUGGAACAUCCUUGGGGGAGGGAGUCGUUUCUGUUAACGGUUGGAAGCGGGAAGAUUAGGGGAGCCGGACAGUUGGUGCAAGACACCCUUGCAAUACAAGGUUUUGCACACGCUAUGGUUCUAGUAACAGUCUGCAGCUUCCCCCAGAUUAUUGCAGAGCCACGCUUAGGGGAGGAUCUGGUGAAUGAGGAGCUUCCCAUAGAAGACAUUGUUGAUGCUGUUUGUGCGAGAAGCGUUAAAAUAAAUGUUGUUACGGUUCAAAAUCUAGAGCUUAUUGGGCAGGCUUCAGUUCGUUCCAUACUAUGCGACGGUUCUGACAUUCCUCCCUUCCCUGAUAAGGUGGAAGAUAUGGCAGUUGCUCACAUGGUAUCGUUGAUUCGGGAUGGCUUCCCCUUCGAAAUCAAUACCUGGCAGGGGGGGGGGGGUGUUAAGGCAAUUAAUGCAAAACAAUGGAAGAGUGGUUAUGGAGCAGACGGUUUAGGAGACUCGGGGGGGGGAGAACAUGGUCAACCCGUAAAUACAGAUGGUCAUGGAGGAGGGGGUGGUCUUGGGGUUACGGUGGAUUUACCAAAUCUCGUCCAUGGUUUGGCAAAUGAACUAGAAGCACGUGAAGGGCCCUUGUUAGCCCUUUUGAAAACCCACAUUACGCAAGAAAUGCGUUCACUAAAGGACGAAAUUUUCGCACGGGGAGGGAUAUCUGCACCAUGCGGAAUGGCUGAUCCAGCAAGAGGAGAUGCAGGCAUAUUGAAUUCUGGUAGUCCAAUUACCGUUCCUAGAGUACAAACAAGGAACCCAGUCGUAUCAUCAGACACUUCUACUGGCUGUGGGGGUGCAGAGCAACAGAAGCACAGAGGUGGCCAAUUGGAUGAUGGAACUUCUGAGUCUGCCAAAACAACUCAGUUCUCCGGUGGUAAUGGAAGGGGAGCCACUCCCCAUCCUGGUGGCCCAAUCACCAAUGAAGUAGCUCCUCUGGAUUCUGUUGACCAUUGCCCAGCUAUGGGGGAGGCUCGGGAAGAUGGCGGCGAAGAGACGUCCACUUCAGAUGGUGGUCAUGGCAAAAAUGAUUAUGGUUCGGCAAAAAAUCUGGAGAUCAUACCUCCGCCGAAUGAUGACACUAGUAAGGAGGACUGCAGUGCCCCUCCUUCCCCAUCUGAGGAAUCUGAACCGACAUCUAUGGAUGUUCAGCUUCAACCCCACAGUUCCCCAAUUAAGGAUGCUACGCUUCCAAAUGAUAGAAGCCAGAGUCGCCGAUUAUUGACCCCAACCUUGCCAAACGUCCCACUUGGAGGCGCUGCUGUAUUGAUUUCAAUAGAGAAAGGGGAAACAAAAGGUAAUCCUAAUCCGUCUGAAGCUGUUCAGAAAAGGACUAGCAAAAGGCUGCAUAUACUAUUUGUGCCGUUUUCACCUCCACAACCACCGCCUAAGAAGAUAAAGGGGAAAGGAGGACGGAAGAAAACAGGGAAGCGUACAAAAAAAGUCCAACCAGAAAUGGCUACUGUUUCAGAAGUAUGUGCCUCUGCAACGACAUCACCCACGAAACUGACACAGCCGUUUGACACACCUACGACCGUUGGCCCUUUGGUUGGGGGGUUUAGUCCAUGUGUUCGUCUUAAUGCAUUCCGCGUUGCUGGGUUUUGCACUCUCAUGCAUACGGAAAGGGAUUACAAUCUUGGAGAAGGGGUUAUUGUACCGAAUUCUGUUUUCAAGUCUUUCUUUGAAGUUGCGGUCCCACAACCUAUUAAGGCGGUAGACAUGUUAGUCACAUUUAUUAGAAGCCGACUGCGUAAAGAAGAUAUACAAUCUUCUCAAUUCCUACCAGGCAGUCUCGUGGAAGCUCUUCGUGGAGAGUACCAGCAAUUCAUUCGUGUUCAAGAUAUUGCAAAAUUAAGUUUCUCAAGUAUUUUCGGGGAUCCAUGCUUCUCCAAUAUGACCUGGUCAGAGGAGGUCCAAGUACUGUACUGCCCAUUUCAAGUCGACGGGAGGCAUUGGAUUGGGGUUGUGAUAGAUAUAGCACAGUGGCGUAUCUAUGUUUUAGAUUGCAACUGUGCUUGUGUGCAAGAUGAAAAGUUGGAAACACUCCUACAACCCUUUGGAGUCCUCAUGCCUUUCUUGAUACACCUCAAUGGAGGCGACGCAUUGAACGAAGCAGCUACGAAAUCUCCUCUGCAGCUUACCCGGCUAGACCUACCUAUAUGCUGUGAACAAAAAGACAACAUGGCCCAGGUCUCUAAUCUAACAGAAGAGAGGCUUUCGAUUGCAGCAAAGACCUAUGCAGUUGAAGCUUUCGCAUGUUUCAAUCCGGAAUACUUGAAGGAAUUUCCAAAGGAGUAA